CCCGACACCUCAGCAGAAGUGUCCUCCCUGCUUCUCGACCUUUUUUUCUUUCUUUCUUCCUCUGCGCUGCUGCUCCUCCCGCCAGCCAGACCAGACCAGGCCAGACGUGUACCCGCUAGGUAGUUCAGCCACCGCAGUUCGCUAGCCAGCUAGCCAGCUAGCCAAGGUAGCUCCGGGAUCUGCCGCGGCGGCGAGGCGCAGAAGAGGAAGACCGCGAGGGACGCUAGCGCAGCACCCGUCCGACGCGAUGGCUUCGCUACCGGGCGGCCGCCACGCCCUGGCCCCCGUCGACGCCAACACCCGGACCGCCGCUCGCUCCCCCGACCCGCAGGCCAAGGCCUCCCGGCCGCCGGUUGUUGCGCUGACCAGCCCGGCCAAACGCCUCCUCGACCACGGCCCGACCGCCCCGCGCGGCCGCACCCCCGAGCAGCCGCCGCAGGGCCACGAGCAGCACUCCUCGCCGAAGCGGCGGCGGCUCUCGCGCGACGCCACGGACGCCGAGCCGGCGCGCGCGCCCACACGAGACCCCUCCCGCUCGCCCGACGAGUCGUCGCCGUCGCCAUCGCCGGCGGCGGCCUCGUCGCAGAGCACGACGGUAACCGCGCCCGACGCCGAGGCAGCCCCACCAACACCAACACCAGCACCGAUACCGGUACCGGUACUAGCACCGCCUCCCCGGCCACAGCCCACCAUGACGCGCGCGGACGCGCGGCGGAACGCAGAGACGCUGCGGCUGCGGCUCGGGCUCGCGAGCUACAAGCUGCGCACGGGGCAGGCGGACGUGCCGCUGGAGCGGCUGGAGGCGCGGUCGCUGGCGGACCUCGCCCGGUCGUCGCUGCGCGCGUCGCGGGCGCUGGCGCCGCGGGGCGAGGGGGGGGGGGGGGGCCGACGAUGA